GCGGGAACGUGCCCACGCCCCGCACCACACACCAAGCACUCCUCCUGUCCUAUUCUUCGGCAAAGUGAGUGCAGCCACAGCAGCCACAGCCGCCUCGCAGCUUCCAAUCAAACCAGAAGAAGGUGUUCGUGUCUUGUUGCCUGCUGUCCCUUGGGGGGGGGGGUCACCUUCGCUGCACACCCGGUCAAUCGUUGGCCUGUGCGCGGUUAUUUUUGUGAGAGCCUGCUCACGCCCAGUCGCCGCGUCAGCCGUUGCUUUCCUCGCCGUCUCCAUCACCGCGCCUGCCACCGCCACCGCAGACUGAGCAGCCGCGCCGCCAGCCUGACCCGACACCUGACCUCGUCCGCUUGCAAUCGCCUGCCCACACAUUUCCGUCCACAGUUGCGACACCAGCUGACACCAACACCACCACCAGCUGUCGUGGCAGUUUCUGGGACAGCAGCACCAGCAGCGCGUGGGACAGCACCAGCAGCAGCAACGGUUGGGACAGCAGCUGCGAUAGCUCAUACGACAGCCGUCACCACUACGGCAGCAGCUGCAGUAGCGCCUGCUGUGCCAUCCCUGUCAUGUCCAGACAUCAAGUCGAAGCCCUUGUUCGAGAGUUGGGCAAGGGCGCCUUUGCAAAGGUUUAUCUGGUCAAGGCAGAGAACCAUGCAGGUGUCAUCGCAUGCAAGCGCGUUCAGAUUGCUCAACUGAGUGAGGAGAAGCGAGCAAAAGUGAUGAAGGAAGUCAACAUCUUGCGUGGCCUCCAGCACCCCCACAUCGUCCGUCUCUACGAAAGCUUUGAGACGGGGGACGUGCUGCAUAUGCACAUGGAAUACGUCGACGGCAUCGAUCUUGGGCAGCUCCUCAAGAAACACAAGACGAACAACGACCGCUUCAGCCAGGCUACCGUCAUGCGCUGGUUCUCCCAGCUCUGUUACGCCGUCGAAUAUGUCCACAGCCACAACAUCAUCCACCGUGACAUCAAGCCGACAAACUGCUUCCUGGAACUGGAUCAAGACAUUGUCAAGCUGGGAGACUUUGGGCUGAGCCAGCACAUUCCGUGGUACCACCCGCGCUCCACUGGGUUUGUGGGCACGCCGUACUACAUGAGCCCUGACGUGCUGAAUGGGCUCGACUACACGGCAAAGGCAGAUGUGUGGUCGCUGGCGGUGCUGCUGUACGAGAUGCUCACCCUCCACCGCCCCUUUCGCGCAGAGAACCUCGACCAGCUCAAGGCGAAAGUCCGCAAGCGGGAGUUCAAUCCGCUGAGCAGCAAGUACGCGUCGGCGGAGGUCCGCCACCUCUUCAACAUCAUGCUCGUCAACGACGAACAAGACCGCCCGUCUUCAUCGGAAGUAACGGCACACCCGUGUGUGGCAACCGCCUUUGCUGAGCUCCACCCCUUCCACCGCCAGAGCCACCACAGGAGCACAUGCCGCGGGCAGGCUGUGGAGUGCCACAUUGCGAUUAUGCAGUCGAAGAAGGUGCCAGAUAUCAGCGAUCUGAUUGCCAGCCGCGCCGAUUCCGUCAGCCUCGCGCAGUCCCCUGCCAGUGUGUUUGCGUCAAGCGGGCGCAAGGCAAGCUUCGUCAACAUUGGCGAGCGGGCGUGGCGGCGCGCCCGUCUCAUUGAGAAAGGAUCGCACUUUGUUGUCAAGCGCUCGCUCAAGACACUGCUCAAGUUCCCUUACGCGGGUGACCGCGUGUUUCGCGCUGCGAGCCAGGGCCACCCCCACCUCGUCAUUGUCGUCAGGAAGGAUAUGACGUUUGCUCUCUCCCUCCCGCACCAGCAGCUGCUCGAGCCGUUUCUCAGACACCUCGAUGCUGAGCCCACGGUCCGUGCUGGUGUCCCAACACAGGUCGACACGUUUGUCAGGGUGUAUGACCGUGCAGACAAGUCGUGGACGCGCGUGUACAUGGUGAGCUGGCGAUCGCACCUCUUCCUCGGCGCGUACCACCUCAGCCUGCACCAGACCGAAGUCCUGCCGGCCUCGUCCGUGGCGUUCUCCCACUGGCUCCCAUCUACAUCUGACGGCAGCAGAAUUGUUCUUCGCACCCUUGAUCAGGGGGUGUACUACAUGAUCGCAGACUCUCCUCGCGCUGCCAGGAACAUUGUGCUGUGCCUGCAGCUUGCCGGAUGCUUGUCUGUGUGGCGCACGAAGGUGACUGUCAGCACGGGGACGCCGAAGCGGCGGUCGUUCAGCUCGUCUGUUGCAGAGUCGCGCCUGGCACCGGGCGCAAACGGGCGCCUGCCGCUCUCACGCAGCGUGGGCGGUUACAGCGACAGCGACUCUGCCACCACCAGCGCCACCACGGCCACCACAGGCACUGUGGGCACGACGGCCACGUCGACUACACCGCGCCCGCCGCGCCCACUCAGCAGAUCAAGCUCAAGGUUCAAGGGCUGGUCCAGCUUCCGUCGUAGUGUGCGCGAAACGCAGCUGUGCACGAUCGAACUCUUUUCUCCGCCCAAGGUGGAGCCGAAUGGGGCGAGCGCGACGCUGUGCACAUACCGCCUGCAGGUCUCGCCAGCAGAAUUCCGCAAACUCUCGCGUCGUUGCGCUGAGCUGUGCCAAGAUGCGCCUGUGCUGCGGCGGCGGCGGAGUUCCCAGAUGGUGAAGGAGGAGCAGCUGCGGCAUUACAUGGAGAUUGCCAUGCAGCGCGAUGACUGCCGCGAGUUCUGGCUCGACAUUCCAGAGCUGCAGGUCAUUGCCCGCGUCCCAGUGUUUGAGGAUGAUGUGCCUGAAGAACGCACGACAUCGCGCCGUCGUUCUGUGAAGUGGAGUGAGGUUGAGGGUGAAGUGUCUGUUGUAUGACACUCGAAGCACUCAGUGCGUAUGUUACAUCACCAGUGUUGCCUGUGCUCGUCUGCCCGACCAUGGGCCACCACCGCGCCUUGCCUUUCCUGUCCAUACAUCUUGCAUGUUUGUUUGUUUGUUUGUUUGACGGACCACUCUUGUGUGAUGGGAUGGUGCGGGACAUCAAGCGAGCAAGCUGUGUCACAGCUGUUUAAACACCACUUUGCUCACCAGUGUCUGCGCUCUCCCAUGUGCUUGCUUCUCUGCUCGCCGUCUUGCUCUUGCUGUCCUGCCUGCUGUUUCUAUGUUUCGCACCAAAUUUGUGUUACAGUGCGCAGUAAAAUAGCAAAGCGAA